GAAUCACUUGAUUUGCUUUACUGUCAUGCCAAAUCCAAAACAAACCCUAAAUUUCGAGUUUUGAUUCGGACUUAGGGGUGAAUUUUGAGCUGCCGCGAUGGAAGCGGUGCCCCGACUGCCAAUGCUCAGUUUUGAGCUGAAGCAGAGCCCCGAAAACACCGAAUUCGGACACAAACUUCGCAGUUACAUUCGAGAUUACUAUCAUGAGGACCCUGAGACCUAUUCAAAGGAAAUCCACGAGCUGGAAGGUCUUCGGGCAUCGGCCAUCCGCGUGUCCAAGGACGUGGAGGGCUGCGCCCUCCUCAAGAAAUAUUACUGCCAGUUGAAUUUUUUGCUGAGCCGAUUUCCAAUGCAGGAGGAUGGAGUAGCCUGUGCAACUUACUUUUGGAUUGACAUUUAUACCAACAUAGUGUACAGCACUUCCUCAAUCCGGCACGAAAUGGCUUGCAUCUUGUACAAUAUCGGCGCUCUCCAUUCCCAAUUGGGCAGUUUUGACAAUCGAACGACGGCCGACGGAAUGAAAAUGUCCUGCACACAUUUUCAGUGUGCUGCCUGGUGCUUUCAACAAAUGAGGGAAACUCUAGGCAGGCCUAAGGGCUCUGACAUGUCCCCUGACUUGAUGCAGUUCCUCAACUACAUCUGUCUUGCCCAGGCGCAGGAGUGCAUUCUUGAAAAGAGCAUGAUGGACAACAGAAAAGCUCUUAUUAUUGCAAAAGUUGGUGCCCAUGUUGUUGAGUACUACAACUUGGCCCUUGCAAUCCUUAACCAGAAUUCAUCUGACGCAGGUUCAAUCCUAGACACCGUUGGUUCAAAACAACACAAAAAUUGGUCAAAGUACAUAAACUUUAAGAUUGCCUACCACAACUGCGUUGCUCUUUUGUACCAAGGGCAGGCAAUGGAAGAGCAACAGAAAAUGGGAGAACGCUUGGCCUUUUACCAAGCUGCGGUUGAAAAACUCACCGAAGCUGCCAAAUUGUCCAAGGGUCUAGAACUUUCAGACGUCAUUGGAGACGCACUGCAGUUUACACAGGAUGUUGUUGAAGGAAAGCGAAAAGCAGCUUUUAAUGACAAUGAAUACAUUUAUCAUGAGAAGGUGCCUGAAAAGGACAGUUUGCCGCCACUGAAAGGUGCCUCUCUUGUCAAAGGAAUUCCGUUCAGCAUCAACGAUGCAGAUGUUUCUGGCGUUGACAUCUUCGCAAGGCUGGUACCUCUCAGGGCCCAUGAAGCAUCGUCAAUGUACAGCGAGGAAAAGGCAAAACUUCUGCGUCGUGUUGGUACCCAAGUGGAUGAGAAAGACACUGAGCUGAAUGCAUUUAUGUCCUCAUUGCAACUUGACACACUCAAUGUCGGAUCAGAUGGAGAUCAAUUACCAAAUGAUUUAAUUGAAGCAUGUGCUGCACUUAGUGCUCAGCCAGAAGCUGUCAAGGAGCUUGUGAAUGCAAUGGACAAGCUAGCGGAAACAUACCAUGAAGUCGAAGCCAUGCUUCAGGAUAUUGACCAAAUUCUUAAAGAUGAGGAGGAGAAAGAGAAAAUCUGGAAAGAAACCUUUGGUAUUGACAGGCCGCCCUCCAUCGUAGCCACGGAGUUGACUCGAGAGGCCAACAAAUACAGAAAAGCUCAUCUGGUUGCUGGAGAAUCAAAUCAAACUCUCCACAAGGCAAUGUCAUUACAUGUGGCCAAUUUGAGGACCCUGUGCAAACCUUUGGAUGAAAUCGCAAACGAACUGCCUCAAACUGUUGGCGCUGGAGCUGAAACUGAAGAAGAUAAAGAGAGUAUUAAGGAAGUGAACAAUCUGGUUGCCAAAGUCCGCGAGAUGAGCACUCAGAGGGCCAUGCUUUCGGCUCAGUUGAGGGAGGCUGUAUUGAAGGAUGACAUUACAGGCCAGCUGGUUACCAGUGCUUCUGAAGGAGGCGUCCUGGAUGUUUUGUUCGAGAAGGAAAUCUCCAAACACCAGCCUCUCGUUGCUGUAAUUGAACAAAACAUGGCUGCCCAGGCAAACAUUCUGAGAGCUUUGACAGACGCUUAUGCUCGUUUCGCACCGUCCCGAAAGGCAGCGAGCAGUGCCAACAGGAAGAGACAGGGAACGAUUGCUGCCCUGCUUGCCUCUUUCAAUGCCCGAGAAGACCUUCUGGCAAAGGCCAACAAAGGCCUUGAGUUUUACUGCAGACUGGAAACCAGCGUCUCAAAGUUGUUUACGAGGGUCAAGUCAGUGUGCAAGGUGCAAGAGGAGGAGCGUCAGCAACAGCAACGGGCCAGCAUGCCUGCCCAGCCAGCAAUGCCAAACACUGGGGUCACCUCGGUGGGAAAUCCAAAACUGAAAGACUACUUGCAGGCCAUGAAACAAGGCGGGCAACCUGCGGCCUUUAAUAAUGCACCUCAGCCUUCAGCUGCCAUCCCACCAUCAAGCAACCCUUACUUCUCCCAGACUUACAACCCCAUCAAUCCUGGCGCCCCUAUGCCUUCGGCCACUCCUCCGCCGGUCAUCACCCCUGUCAACCCUGCUCCAGGGGAGGCUGUUCAGUGGCCGCCUACUAUCAGGCCAAAUCCUGUUGGCUCUGAAGAAACCCCGACCUAUUGUGCCACCCCACCGGCACCCUCACCUGAGAAGCACAUCAACAAUUCAACCAAUCCGUAUCAGCAAGACAACCAAAAGUUCCAACAACCUUCUCACCCCUACACCCACCAGAAUCAUCUCAACCCAGGGAUGCUGCCCAAAGUUAACAACGACGCCCAGCCAACCGUCAGCAACCCUGGCACAACCCCAACCUAUUCCUAUCCCACCCCCGUAAGCCACUCGUACCCUUACUACCCUCCAGCAGGAUACCAACAACCACCGACAUCCACCCCUAAUAAACCUCCGGCUUCGAAUUUCUACCCUCAGCAAAAUUACUACCAGCCAAGACCGCAGUACCCUGCAAAUCAACCUCAAAAUCAACAGUACCCUGCCAAACCCCUGAACAAUUACCCCCAGCAGUACUACCAAUCUGGUUACAACUAUGCUGUGCCUUCGACGAAUUAUCCAGCUCCGGUUUCUACCCCUCAACCGCCAGCGCAGCAACCUCAAAGGGCUUAUCCGUCUCCUGCGCCGACCGUUCCAGUUCCGCAGCCCUCCCCUGUCCAGCAGCCCCAACCAUACCAGGGGCAGAUCCAAACUCCAGCUGGGCAGGGAUACCAGCAACAAGUUCCGCAACAACCUGCUGCAGGAAAUGCCGCUGCUUAUCCAGCGCCUGCUUCUACUCCCCAGCCAGCGCAAAACUAUGGGCAGCAGCAGACAGCAACUGGGCAUCCUUAUGCUUACACCUACCCUUACAACCAGAGUCCCUCAGCUUACCCCACUCAGCAAGGAUACCAGAGUCAGAAUCAGUAUUCAGGAAAUGCUGCUUACAACACGUCGUCUCCUAACAAUGCCACGCAUAGCCAGUAUACGAGUGCUGGCAAGUCGAAUCUGCACCAGACCAACACCUCCGAAACAGCAGUCGGUGGUCAAACGUUCGCAAAUCAGUAUUCUGUUGCCUCCAGCACUGCACCAACUUCGCAGCCAGCCUCUUACUACAGCUCUCCGUACUAUGGAUACCAAAAUCAAGCUCCAGGCACGCCGACGUCGGCUCCCAUUCCUGCCUACACACCCAACCAGCAAGUGCCAUCACAGUAUAUGACUUACAUGCAGGCACGAAUGCCAGACACUGCACCCCAUACAACCUUCAGCAGUUCGCCCAAAAGAAAUGCCAACUCAUCAAACGUGGACUUGCUGGCAGGGCUUGAUUUCAAUGUGAAUACGCCACCUCUAAUUCCAGAAGCAAAGACCACACAAGUUUCAUCAAAUGAACCAGCUAAGGUUGCUGCGACCACACCUACUCAACCAACUCCGGCAGAACUAAAACCCGUUGCCCCGAAAGCUGCUCCCUCCGAGCAGCCUGCUGAACCUCCUAAGUCGGCUUCUCCGGCUCUCCUCCCCAUUCAACCAGCAGCAGUGAAAGAACCUGCUCCGAGCAAAGAUCCUUAUGCUGAGCCUGAGGCACUUGCCCAGUUCACCCAGGAAGUGGAGAGGCUGGAGAAGGUCGUCGAAGGUUUGAAUAACAAAACUUUGAACGGACCCACCCCUCUAGAUUUGAAAUGGAAAGAACUGCAGGAGUUGCAGGAGAAGGACGCUCACAAAAGGAGCAUAUCAGUGGCAAGGUGCUAUCCCAUGAAGAACAGGUUCCCGGACAUCCUUCCGUUCGACCACUCUAGAGUGGAGCUGCCGUCAACCAAGGACGACUACAUCAAUGCUUCGUUUAUCAAAAACAUCUCUGCACGAAGCUGCGACUACAUUUUGACGCAGUCUCCUCUGCCUUCAACCUACUUGGAUUUUUGGACCAUGAUUUGGGAGCAGCAAACUGAGUUGAUUGUCUGCUUGCUUAGCGAUGCUGAGCUGAAUGGAGAGAUUUACUGGCCGACACAACGAGGUGAAGAGUUGGCAAUAGGAAAGCUGCGGAUUUCUUUGAAUUCUGUGAACGUGAAACCCAGCUGGACCGAGAGACUGAUUUCCAUCACACACCCUGAGACAAAGAUUUCAAGAGUACUGGUGCAUCUGCAAUUUACUGUCUGGCCAGGAAGUUCUUUCCCUGACUCUCCGAGCGCAUUCCUCUCUUUUGUGGCCGAAGGUUUGAGCCAACAUGCUCAACAAAGGUCACCAAAGCACCCAGUGGUGGUGCAUUGCCAUUCCGGAGUUGGUCGUUCUGGCCUCUUCUGCCUCUUGAGUGCCGCCAUGAACGAAAUCCGCAGUGGCAAUGGCUUGCCCGACUUGCUCACUGUGGCAGCCAUCAUGUCGCACCAGAGACGGGGCACCCUGAGGGACAGGCAGCACCUGCUUUUUGCCUACCAAGCAGUGCUCUACCAUUGUCAGGACCUCCUCAUGAAACGCGGAAUUCUUACUACUAGAUCAAGCUUUGAUGCUCCGCUUGCGCCGAAAACUCACGUGAGACACCCUUCAGAAGACUUCCUGCUGGGACCUGGUAGUUUGAGCCAGUUGCAGUCCGGAAUCGAGAAAAUGGGGUUAGGUGCGGCAAAUAUUGAAUGGAAUGUGCCUCAGCCAGAAACAUCGGCCACACCGAUAUCUGUAGAAGAACCACCAAAAUUGGAGCAUACGGCUGCACCUCCUGUUUCGUCUUUGUCAGAAUUGACCUCUCUUGUACCUGACCUGAGCAACCUGACCCCUAACAAGUCUGGUACGAAGAAAGGUCGCAUCUCAAAGGAGGACUUUGAAAAGAAGCCUGGUUCUCUGGCUGGCAGCAUCAGUCCGCAAGAGGAGGCCGACCCGCUCAGCAAGCUCGACCCUUUGUGGUCGCUAAAGUGACUAAUUAACGCAGUAUAAUAUGAUGGUAGAGAGUUAGAGGCGAAAGAAACAAAGUAGGUGCUUAUUUAUAUUUAUUUUUUGUUAAAAAAUUGAUUAUUCUCAAAUCUGGACGUACAUAAUUCCGCUUUUAUUCAUUUUUACUCCACUCUUUGGCUUUUGUAUAAAAAAAAAACAUGCCAAAAUACGCGCAGAUUGUUCAAGCCGCUGGUGAUAAAUAAAUUUAGCUUUUGCUAUUUGAAUCGUAAGAAAUUAAUCCUGUUUUGCUUUCUCGAGAUAUCGGUCUAGUUGUCUGAUUACCCAGUGGAAAAAGAAGAGAAUCAAGCAUGAGAAUCCAAGUGGAAUUGCCGCCGCUUCCGCCCACUGCCACAGUCUGAAAUUAUUUGAUAAUUUUUCCAAUUCCUUUUUUUUUUUAAAGCCAAA